GAGAAGAAAACACACGCGCGAGCGGCUCGUGGACGCGCACAGACGCGGAGCGGGCAGGUUGAGUCUACGAGGUUCUCAUGUGUUGUUUAAGAGCGCAGCGCCGCGCGAGCGCUAUUCAUUGCUGAAAGCAGACAGCGUUUGAGAGACUCGAUCCGAUCAGAGAGAGAUGGCAGAAACCGCCCCAGCCCCGGCUGCUGCCGCCCCGGCCAAAGCGCCCAAGAAGAAGUCCGCUGCGAAAGCCAAGAAAGCAGGUCCAGGCGUCGGUGAGCUCAUCGUCAAAACUGUGAGCGCGUCCAAGGAGAGGAGCGGCGUGUCCCUCGCCGCCCUGAAGAAAGCUCUCGCUGCCAGCGGCUACGACGUGGAGAAGAACAACUCCCGCGUCAAGAUCGCCAUCAAGAGCCUGGUGACUAAAGGCACCCUGGUGCAGAUCAAAGGGACCGGCGCCUCGGGCUCAUUCAAGCUCAACAAGCAGCAAGCCGAGACCAAGAAGAAGCCGGCCAAGAAAGCGGCUCCUAAAGCCAAGAAGCCCGCGGCCAAGAAACCCGCUGCGGCCAAGAAGCCCAAGAGCGCCGCGGCAAAGAAGCCCGCCGCUAAGAAAUCGCCCAAAAAGGCCAAGAAACCCGCCGCCACAGCCGCUAAGAAGGCCACGAAGAGCCCCAAGAAGGCGAAGAAGCCAGCAGCCGCUAAGAAAGCAGCCAAGAGCCCCAAAAAGGCCAAGGCGGCUAAACCUAAGGCGGCAAAGCCUAAAGCCGCCAAGCCUAAAAAGGCAGCUCCCAAAAAGAAGUAAAAAUCUAGUUUGUUCCUCAACGGCUCUUUUAAGAGCCACCCACUAACUCUGAGUAAA